AACAUGUGGACUAUUGUUGUCUUGGCAACUGUUAUAUUAACUUCCACUUCUGCGUUGGAAAAUGUGGUGCCUUACCAGUACCCCUAUUCUUAUCCACAGAACUACAUGAGCAGUGCCACCUACACCGGCUGGAGAGCACCAACAUGGGGAUACCCAAAGAGUUUUCAACAUAGCUUAUUAGACACGUUCUCCAGCCUGUGUCCUGACUGUCUGAAGGCUGACGGAGUAGACGAGGUCAACGGGAUUCCAGGUUUGAAGGAAGCUAUCGAAUGUUUAUUCUUCCGUACCACAAAUCCAACUACGAAUGAAAUGUUGUAUAAUGUUAAAAGAGCGACAUACAGAUAUUUUCUAAACGUUUGCAAAGGAACUGAAUACAUUUUAAACAUUUUGCCUGCAGAUGAUGUACUGAAUAUGUUUUGCUCUGAUAUAAAACAGACAGUGGAGGGAGGAUAUUUGUGAAUCCGAAUAUUGAUGAUGGUUUUAUUUUUGAAUUUAGCACAGCACGUUUGAAUAAAUAAGUUACUUUAUCUGUGA